AUGUCCAGGUUGGAGAUACUUGAUUUGUCAUUUAACAAGAUGACUGGAAAUGUUCUACAAGAAUUUGGAAAUUUGAGAGCGCUGCAAGUCCUCAGUUUGCAAUCCAAUUCCUUUACUAAUCACCCUUCCAGUCAGACACUCAACUUCAUCACCUCUUUGACAAAUUGUAGGCAGUUGAAAGAAUUGCAUAUUGGGGACAACCCUUUAGAUGGCAUGUUGCCCAAUUCCGUAGGGAAUUUAUCCAGCUUUCUUACAAAAUUUUAUGUGUACGCCAGCAAGCUCAAAGGCAAUAUUCCAGGUGAGAUUGGCAACUUGAGCAACCUAAUUGUCUUAAGUUUGGAAGAGAAUAGUCUGAUGGGACCUAUUCCUACAACAGUGGGAGGGCUAAGGAAGAUUCAAGUACUAGAUCUUUUUAAAAACAAUCUUAAUGGUUCCAUUCCAUCUGAUAUAUGUCUUGCAAGGAGGUUGGCUGACAUAACAUUAAACAAUAACGUAUUAUCUGGAGAGAUACCUUCCUGCAUAGGGAAUCUCACGUCUCUAAGAAACCUUUAUCUUCACUUCAAUAAAUUAAGUUCUACCAUACCUAUGGCUCUGUGGAGCCUAAAGGAUCUCUUGAUUUUGAAUCUGCAUUCAAAUUUUCUAUAUGGAUCUCUUCCUUCGCAAGUUGGAGAAAUGGAAGCUGCAAUAGGAAUUCGUUUGUCAAGCAACCAGUUGUCAGGUAAUAUUCCGAGUACAAUUGGUUCACUCCAGAACUUGAUAAGAUUUUCAUUAUCCAAAAACAGCUUUCAGGGGUCCAUUCCAGAAGCAUUCGGUGGUUUGGUAAGCCUGGAACUCUUAGAUCUAUCACAAAAUAACUUGUCUGGUGAGAUUCCCAAGUCACUAGAGGCACUUAGAUAUUUGGAGUUUUUCAAUGUGUCUUUCAACGGACUACAAGGAGAAAUUCCAAGAGGAGGACCGUUCGCAAAUUUUACUGCUCGUUCUUUUAUUAUGAAUAAGGGCCUAUGCGGCCCAUCUCGGCUGCAAGUCCCACCUUGCAGCAUUGAAUCUCGUAAAGAUUCAAAGACUAAAUCCAGACUUCUAAGGUUCCGUUUACCAACUGUUGCAUCUAUACUGCUUGUGGUGGCUUUCAUUUUUCUUGUCAUGGGAUGUCGACGAAGAUACAGAAAAGAUCCAAUCCCAGAAGCCUUGCCAGUGACAGCUAUCCAGAGAAGAAUUUCUUACCUAGAACUUCUGCAUGCAACGAAUGAAUUUCAUGAGAGUAAUCUACUAGGCACAGGGAGUUUUGGCUCUGUCUAUCAAGGGAGGCUUCGAGAUGGGCUAAAUGUUGCUGUCAAGAUAUUUAAUCUGCAAUUGCAAAGAGCAUUCAGAAGUUUUGACACAGAGUGCGAAGUCAUGCGCAACAUUAGACACCGCAACCUUGUGAAGAUUAUCUGUAGUUGCUCUAAUCUUGACUUCAAAGCCUUAGUCCUGGAGUACAUGCCUAAAGGAAGCUUGGAGAAAUGGUUAUACUCCCACAACUAUUGCUUGGACAUCAUUCAAAGAGUGAACAUAAUGAUCGAUGUUGCAUCAGCAUUAGAGUAUCUCCAUCACGGUUAUCCAUCUCCUGUGGUGCAUUGUGAUUUGAAACCGAGCAAUGUGUUACUAGAUGAAGACAUGGUCGCGCAUGUAUGUGAUUUUGGUAUUGCAAAACUCUUAGGUGAAAAUGAGUCUUUUGCACAAACCAGGACCCUUGCCACAAUAGGGUAUAUGGCACCAGAAUAUGGAUUGGACGGACUCGUGUCCACGAAUAUUGAUGUCUAUAGCUUUGGAAUCAUGUUAAUGGAGAUGCUGACGCGAAAAAGGCCUACCGAUGAAAUGUUCGAGGGAGAAAUGAGCUUGAAGAGAUUGGUCAAAGAAUCGUUGCCUGAUUCAGUAAUAGACAUUGUGGAUAGCAACAUGCUGAAUAGAGGAGAUGGCUACUCCUUAAAGAAGGAGCACUGUGUGACAUCUAUAAUGGAGUUGGCACUGCAAUGUGUCAAUGAAUCACCUGGAGAGAGGAUGGCCAUGGUUGAAAUCUUGGCAAGGCUUAAAAACAUCAAGGCGGAAUUCUUGAGAGAUUCUGAGAGGCGGAGGCCAUAA